GCCACGCGCUGCGCAUGUAUCUCAAAGCUUCCUUCCGUAUAGGUUCGUUUAAGUAUUUAUUACGCACUUUCUCCGCAAUAUUUGGAGCGAAUAUUACGCGUGUUUAUUAGUUGUUGUGUUUUCAUGAAUUGUGCUAAAAUAUUAUUGUGACAUUUUGUUUUUAUUUAUUUUCUAAAUUUUUAGAGUUAACUUAAGUACAAAAGAACAACUCUGAGAAAAAAUGAGGAACUUAGCCAAGCUGAUAAUUGCUCUGCAAUUAUGUAUUUAUAGCAGCUUUUCAUUUCCAUCUAGUCAGUUGUCUGUACAGACGAUUAGUAAUAUUUCACCGAAGCACAAAGGGAAGAAAACCUCUGAACUUAACAUAUGUAACUUGGAGCAACGACAAGCCCCCAUGUAUUGUUACUGUAAUCAUGAUGAGAUUGGUACUGCCACAGAUGCCAAUUGCCUUAUUUUGGAGACGUUAAAAUCUGAUGAUUUGAUAUGGGGUUACUUUAAUAGUCAAUCUGCUAUUGAAAAAUUAUCACUGACAGUACGAGUAGGAGGAAAUAUGAGCCAUGUACCGAGUAAAACUAUUAGAUUAUUACCUAAUUUGAAAGUUAUUAAUAUCCAGUAUGCGAAUAUUGAAGAAGUUGCUGAGAAAGCAUUCUCAGAUUUACCAAGCAUUACUGUAAUUAAUAUCGCUCGAUGUGGGAUUAUAAAUCUCAAAAAACAUUCCUUCGUCAAUAUUAGUAAAGUUGAUGUUAUUAAUCUUGAUGACAAUCACAUCGUAGAAAUAAACAGGGAGGUCUUUGUCCAUCUUCCGGUGUUGAAGAAGCUCUUUAUAAACCGUAACAAUAUUACGUUCCUUCAUGAUCGAGCGUUCAAGCAUUUAACUUCUCUUCAAGAACUCGAGCUAAGUGACAACAACAUCUCAGUAAUUACUACAGAUAAUUUCAAUGGAUUGAAAUCACUGAUAAGAUUGAUACUGAGGUCGAAUAAAAUCUCUAUGAUAGGAGAUAGCACAUUUGUUGAGAUGCCGGAGUUGAGGGAGUUGGAACUGGAUGGAAAUAUGAUUGAAUAUAUUUCGGUAAAUGCCUUUGACAAGAUGAGGAAUCUACGAAAAUUGUCACUAAGUGACAAUAAGCUGACUCAGCUGGAGGCAGAUGUUUUUGCUGGUGCUACGGCCAUCAAUUUUCUGGAUCUCCGAAAUAAUUCUUUGGUCACAAUGACCUUUGACAACAUCAAACCUAUUGUAACAAACUUUUACGGUGAUACCGGCUACUUGUAUCUUGAAGAUAAUAAACUAAUUUGCGAUUGCAACCUGGCAUGGAUAGAAGGAUUGAAAAAUGAAACAAUCAACCAGAAAUUAAAGGAUUCUCUUGAUUUCUUGACAUGUUUCCGCGAAGCUAAAAAUAUAAGCACUCACACUGACGCUAAAGAAGUUAAAACUGGAACGGCUGGAGGAAGUACUGGGGAAAUUCUCGACGUCAAUAAGUCGAGGGAAAGACAUCACGUACAGCAUGAGACAGCCAGCUACAUGGACGACAAUAAUAAAAGCGACAACGAUUAUUACGAAGAUUACCCAGACUCACCAUCGAAGACAAACAAUGCCAAGCUCCAGUUAGUUGAUGGAAGAAUGGGAUAUAUAAAACAUCUCUUUGAGCUGAAGCUAGAGAAACUCCCGUGUCCGGAACAAUCGAGGGAUGAUCCAUUGGCCUCUGAGCAACCCUCGAAUCGUCGGGAAAAUGCAGCUGUCGCCUCAGAAGCUUCUACCCAUAUACAACACGUAGUCACGAUAGGUCAAUGGCUCCUUCUUUUUGCUCCGUUGCUUCUUGUGUAAAAUAUGCUUUUUCAUCUUCAAUGAAUCAUCAAUCGUGCAUCAAUCUCUGCACAAAUAAUGCCAAAUAAACUUAAAGUAUAAUCAAGGAAAAUAAUGAUGAAAAAAAUGAGAACAUAAUAAUCAUUAAAGUUGCUUGAUUUUCUAAGAGCAAUUUAUUUUCAUUGCUCAAUCUGAUAUCAUUUCUGUGCUUGAGUGAUUGUCAUUAUUGAUUAAAUUAUCUUAAUGAAUUAUGAAUGUAAAGUAUCGACCAGUGCAUUUAGUAUUUUCACUUGGCCAGUGCCAUAUUAAUAAUUAAGAUCAUUCAUUCAAUCUGUCCUGGACUCCAAGGUAGACUAAAGAAAUUAAUAGUUAAUCUAUUGCCAAUUAACUCUUUUUUGCCAUUUGUACAUCAAUAUUUUAUAGUAAUUUAAAAUCAUUCAUUAUAAUUAUUAUUAGAUAAAUCACUGAAGAAUGUUGAAGUACAAUAUUCACUUUAAUAUAAAUGAUUAUAAUAUAAUAAUUUGAAUACUCUAAUGACU